CGUGUCGAGGAGUCACGUGUCCGCCCGCCCGUGCGCGCGCUGCCUGGCUGGCUGCUUCUCGCGCAGACCGUUAGCCUCUCAUUCCGGCCCCGGCUGUCUGAGGGACCGGAGGGCCACAGCUCCAUCCUCCGCAGGACUGAUUCACUGACUGACUGACCGGCAGGCCGGAUACACGCCGCACAGAUACCGUUGUGAGCGCUGAGUGGAGCUGUCGGGGGGGCGGUGGAGUCGCUAUUGCUAAGAUGGCGCCCAAACAGACUUUCAUUGCGGUGAUUGUUAUUUCUUCAUUUUUGUGUGUCCGCUCUCAGCAAGGUGGGACUGAAUGUUUAAAAGCCAAUGUAAAGUCCUGUGGAGAAUGUAUACAGGUGGGACCAAAUUGUGGGUGGUGCACACAAGUGGACUUUUUGCAAGAAGGUGAGCCAACUUCAGCACGUUGUGAUGACCUGGCUGCUCUGAAAGUAAAAGGUUGUCCUGUAGACCAGAUUCAGAAUCCCAGAGGUAGUAAUCGCAAACUCAAAGACAGUCCAAUAACAAAUAAGGUCAAAGGAGCCAAAUUGGACCCAGUUAACAUCACUCAGAUACGCCCUCAACAAUUGGAAUUUAAUCUAAGAUCUGGAGAACCACAGACUUUUACUUUGACUUUCAGAAGAGCAGAAGAUUAUCCGAUUGACCUAUACUACCUUAUGGACCUCUCUUAUUCUAUGAAAGAUGAUUUGGAGAAUGUGAAGAACCUUGGAACUGCUCUCAUGUCUCGUAUGAAGGAAGUCACUUCUGAUUUUAGGAUAGGUUUUGGAUCGUUUGUGGAAAAGACAGUUAUGCCUUACAUCAGCACUACGCCUGCUAAGCUCAUCAACCCUUGUACUAGUGAGCAAAAUUGCACCAGUCCUUUUAGCUAUAAAAAUGUGCUGAACCUUACAGAUAAUGGAUCUUUGUUUAAUACGCUUGUCGGCAAACAGCACAUCUCUGGAAACUUGGAUUCUCCUGAAGGUGGAUUUGAUGCAAUAAUGCAAGUAGCAGUCUGUGGGGAACAAAUCGGCUGGAGGAAUGUCACACGUCUCCUGGUCUUUUCGACUGAUGCUGGUUUCCACUUUGCUGGUGAUGGUAAAUUGGGUGGAAUAGUCCUGCCGAAUGAUGGAAAAUGCCACAUGCUUGAUAAUAUGUACACCAUGAGCCACUAUUAUGACUAUCCCUCCAUUGCUCACCUGGUACAAAAACUCAGUGAAAACAACAUACAAACAAUAUUUGCUGUUACUGAAGAAUUUCAACCAGUUUACAAGGAACUAAAAAAUCUGAUCCCCAAAUCAGCCGUAGGAACAUUGUCUGCAAACUCUAGCAACGUUAUCCAGCUGAUUAUUGACUCCUAUAAUUCUCUUUCUUCAGAACUCAUUUUAGAAAACAGCAAGUUGCCUGAAGGUGUCACAAUUAGCUAUAAAUCAUUCUGCAAGAAUGGUGUUAAAGGGACAGGGGAGAAUGGAAGAAAAUGUUCUAACAUCUCCAUUGGAGAUCAGGUGGAAUUUGAGAUAAGUGUGACUGCACACAAGUGUCCUAAAAAAGGGCAGAGUGAAUCCAUUAAAAUCAAACCCCUUGGAUUUACUGAAGAGGUUGAGGUUAUUCUACAUUUUAUCUGUGAAUGUGAUUGCCAGAAAGAUGGAACUCCACACAGCCCACAAUGUAAUAAUGGAAAUGGCACCUUUGAAUGUGGAGCCUGCAGAUGCAAUGAUGGUCGUAUUGGAAAGGAGUGCGAGUGCAGCACAGAGGAAGUGAACAGUGAAGAUAUGGAUGCUUACUGCAGGAAAGAUAAUGGCUCUGAAAUCUGCAGCAACAACGGUGACUGUGUCUGUGGCCAAUGUGUGUGCAAAAAGAGAGACAAUCCUAAUGAAAUCUAUUCUGGAAAACAUUGCGAAUGUGACAACUUUAACUGUGAUCGAUCCAACGGGCAGAUCUGUGGUGGAAAUGGUGUUUGCAAGUGUAGAGUAUGUGAUUGUUUCGCAAACUUUUCUGGAAAUGCCUGUGAUUGUUCUGAAGACAUCAGACCUUGUAUAGCAACAAAUGGACAAGUUUGUAAUGGCCGAGGUAUCUGUGAUUGUGGGAGGUGCAAAUGUACAGACCCCAAAUUUCAGGGAGCUACCUGUGAAAUGUGCCAGACCUGUGUUGGUGUUUGCGCUGAACACAAGGACUGCGUCCAGUGUAGAGCAUUUCAGAAAGGAGAGAAGCAAGCAGUUUGCCAUGAGCAGUGUAUGACGUUUAAUAUCACAAAGGUUGACACACGUGAUCUAUUGCCUCAACCAGGCCAGGCAGAGGCACUCACUCACUGCAAAGAAAAGGAUGUUGAAGACUGCUGGAUUUACUACACCUACUCUGUGAAUUCCAAUUCUGAAAUCCAUGUACACGUUGUGAAGGACCCAGAGUGUCCUAGUGGCCCUGAUAUAAUUCCCAUUGUUGCUGGAGUGGUGGCUGGGAUUGUUCUGAUUGGGUUAGCAUUGCUGCUGAUCUGGAAGCUUCUCAUGAUCAUCCAUGAUAGAAGAGAGUUUGCAAAGUUUGAGAAAGAAAAAAUGAAUGCCAAAUGGGAUACAGGAGAAAAUCCUAUUUACAAGAGUGCCGUGACAACAGUUGUGAAUCCAAAAUAUGAGGGAAAAUGAACCUUUUUUUCACUGUAUGCAAAGUGUUUUUUUUUUUUUUUUUUUUUUUUUUUUUUAACUUAUUUUAUUUUUUUCCUUGCAGGGAAGCAGCCAAAGCGCAAUUAAUUCACUAACCAGUUGAGGGGAAUGUAUGU